UCUACAAACAUAGGAAAAUUCAACAAAAACGGUCCUUAACUUUUUGAGUUAUGCUGCUGACAGACUAAAAAAUAUGACCUCUUUAUAAUCUCUUUCUACAGGUUGAAAGUUUUUUUUUCCUUCAUGGUAUAAUGAAAAGAUAUAACACACACAGUCUAUUGUGAACUACAGUAUAUCCAUGCAGCCUGGUGCACAUUGUCAGCAGAAUUUACUCUUGUUCACUGUUGGUAUACCAUGUGAUUUAAUAGUAUUUCUUAUCUGCCUCUGACUCAUGAUGCAGCACUCCAUUGAUUUUGUCAAGGCAGUGACAGCAUUGCUUUGAUAAGUGUAGAAAACCACACACAGUUAAUAUCACGGCCAUGUAAACACAUUUGUUUCUCUUUUGUUCCAUUGUGCUGAUGAAUAAAUACCUGGCAAUUUCCUGAGUGGGUUUGCAUUGACUCAAUAAUUCAUAAUGUCCAUUCAUUUGCUGAAUCAAGGCUAAUGUUGUUUAUGGCACAUGUCCAGUACUGAAUACUGUGUUUUCUGCAAAUGGUAGGACCUGCAGAGAGAAAGAGGAGGCACAUGGAAGUUGUUGCUCUUGUGUGGAGAGAGGACCCAAUGACUUUGUGUUGACAGCUGAAGAGUUCAGGACGUAGCAGGUCCUUUCAACAAUCUUUCCGUUCGGCUUCGGCGAGCACUGUAGGACACAGAUCAUCAAGAAAGAUGUUCUUUCUGGCUGGGGCCAGAAAUGCGGCAGUGUCGGGAAGAGGAAAUGAAAGGAGGUCAAUCUACCAGAAAUUCCGUGAGGUAGAUUUAUUGGACAAGAAGAAAACAGUGACAGCUCGAAAGCCUGGUGAAGAUCGAGCUAUUCUCCUCGGUCUUGGGAUGAUCCUCUCAUCUGUCAUGAUGUACUUUGUGUUGGGGAUUACUACAUUACGCUCCUAUGCAGACAGUGUGUGGACAGAGGAGGGUGUGUGUGUUGUUCGCAACUCCACGGUCACAGCAGACAUGAACUGUUCCUACAACUGUGGGUCAGACUGCUGGAGAGUCUCCAAAUACCCCUGUCUGCAGGUCUACGUGAGCGUCAAUAACACAGGCCGUGUCAGCCGUUUAUCCCACAAUGAGGAGACCCAGGAUGCCAGCUCUGAAUGUUUUUAUGUGCCCAGGUGCCAGAAGGACACAGUGGCUUUGCACACCAUGAUUAUGAACAUCUCUGAGCGCCUGAAGGUGAACCAGGAGGUCCCAUGUUACUAUGACCCGAUGGAGCAGCAGGAGACCGUCCUUCUGACCCGGCUCUAUGACCACAGCGCUGUCUUCCACUCGCUGCUCUGGCCCUCAUGCAUGAUCACAGGAGGGGCUCUCAUCAUUAUGAUGGUGAAGCUCACUCAGUACCUCUCCAGACUGUGUGAGGAGAUAGGGAAGAUCAAGAGGUGAAAUAUGUUCACACCUAUGGUGGUUUGGUGGCGAACACACGACAUGAACAGGGACUGAACAACCUUGCUCUGAUCUUCUGCAAACUUUCCUCUUCAGCUGAGACUGUAGGAACAGUUGACAUUCACUGAGGAUGUGGAUGUUUAUGAAAGUGGAGGGACUGUUCCGCAGCGGAAACAGUCAGACAUUUAACUGGCUCUUACACAGGGACAACUGUGCCUGGGUUUUGCAUGGUGUUAAAGCUUUGUAAAUUGUUCUGAGGUUACAUGUUAAGAAGAAAGUUUAUUUAACCUGUAAUCUUAAAUACAGAGCAUUAUAAGCGUGCACUUGAUAUGAGAAUACCAAAACAUAUUUGAACUGACAAGUAAAAGCCUGUACUGUCUCUAAAAAUAUGACCAAGUACAGUGACUGUUAUGA